AUGGACAAGUGUUCACAAAAUUCUUAUUUGAUUGAGAACCUAGCUACCAAGAGACAAAAGCUGGAUGCUGGUUACUUAUGCAAGGUUUCCCAUCUGAAGCAUCAAGCUCUUUUCUUACACAAGGUUCCCAACAAGGCUGGACACCUUGGGGUUAGUUUGGUGCAUCCUAGAUCUAAAGUUACUAUUCCUAGAGAACCCAAUUUGGAAACUGCAAAUAGAGCGCAAAGACAUAGGUCCAAGUUUAAUGCAGAGUCGGCUGAACAUGCAAAAUCAAAUACUUCUGCUUUUAAAGCACGUCCCUUGAACAGAAAAAUUUUUGAAUCUCCUGCAUUGCCUCUUACCAAAAAGAGCACACUACCGCUGACAGAGUGUCAGGAGUUUCAGCUGAGAACAUCUGAGAGGGCUAGGCAACAUGCACAUAACAAUGUAGCAACCAGGUGUAAUCAUAAUUCUGUCUCACAAAAUGAAACCAAAGAUUCCAUAAGACCGAACUCUGUCAAUUCCCUAAAGGAAGAGAAAUGCGAAGUAACACAAAAAGUUAAAUCUCACCCUUGCCAUAAAAAGUUAAGUAAAGGAGAACUUGGUGUCUUACAGAAUAUCAAACAGGAAACUAGAGUUCCAUUGGAAUUGGAUUUUCCUGAGGAUAAGACAUUUUUGAAUCAGCCACCAAUUGAACUAUUUAAUAAGCUCUCCCUGGCAUCGGUCCACACUAACAUUAAACCCCAUUCAAAAAUGCCUCCUCCUUCCAAGGGGUCAAAAGAGAACACAGAAAGCUCCUUCCAUUUGGAACACCAGAUGAUGAAAGCGGUCAAGAAAAAUUCUCCAAGUUUUGGUCACAACCAGUGCCAAUGUGGGAGUGAAUCAACUGAUAGAAGGAAUACUGAAGCCGGAGCACGAUACAACAUUAAUAGGAACUUAGAUAUACGUUGAGAGUUCCAGAACAAAGCUUUUGAGAAAUGAGUUGAUCAUUUCAGAUGAAUUUUGAUACCUGUUCUACCCUAAAAAAUUAUAGCAAAUAGUUGCACAUAACUUUUUUCUUUUUCUUUUUUAUUUGGGGGGUUGUUUUGUGUAUAUUUUUUUAUGCAUGAGAA